AUGAAAAAUUGCGAAAUUUGUGGACGUGAAAGAGGAGACAUGAAUCCUACAAAUUGGAACAGACAUGUGAAAAGCUGUAGGUUAAAAACUAGUGUAGCACCUAAACCAAAAAGAAAUUUAAACAAUACUUCAAUAAAAGAAUUCUUCAACAAGAAAAUAAAAUUAGAAAGAAUUGGAGCUACAAAUAGUAAUGGCAAUACUGAAAACGAAGAAAAUAAUCAAGCUUGUCCUUCUGUUCUGAAUAGAAUUGAUGAUCAAUAUGAACAAUCUAUGUCAAUUUGUGCUACAAGUAAUAAUGACCAUACCGUAAAUGUAGAAAAUAAUGAAACUUGUUCUUCUAUUCUGAAUAGAAUUCAUGAUCAAUAUGAACAAUCUAUGUCAACUGAAAAUAUUAUUUUUCAAGAAACGUUAUGUAUUUCAACUUCAACACAAUCUAAUAUGAUAUAUGAAAAUGAUCCAGCUAAAUUUCAUACAUUUACCAAUGUUACACCAGAGUUUACUGACAUGUUGGUACGAAAAGGGCCUUGUCAACCUACAAAUAAUAUUUUUAAGUUUCCAACAAAUGAGGAACACAGAAGUUUUCAAGAGUCGUGGUUUACAAAAAAAUUAAAUGAUGGGACUUUGGUUAAUAGAGAUUGGUUAUCAUAUUCUAUUUCUACAGACAAUAUGUUUUGUUUUCAUUGUCAGAUGUAUGGUAAAACAAAAAGAGACAACUGGAUCAUUAAUGGUGUAAGUAAAUGGAAAAAUGCAUUACAUAAAAUUUUAGUUCAUGAAACGUCGACAAAUCAUAUAGAUGCGUCUUUGAAAUUUAAAUUGAGAAAUCAAGUGUUACCCAUUCUUCCAUCACUGACUGAAAAAAGAAAAUUUGAAGUCCUCUGUAAUCGUGGAAUUGUAAAAGAACUCAUUGACAUCACUUUUCGUGGUCAUCGUGAAAAAUGGUCAGAUUCAUUGCGUGGAAAUUUCAAAGAUUUAGUAGAACUUGUUUCAAACUAUUCCCCUACAAUGGCACCAUAUAUUUCAAAUUUAAAAAAUAAAAAUAAUAAACCUCAGUGGUCUUUCAUAUCAUGGCGGAUACAAAAUGAACUCAUAGAAUGUAUAUCAGAUGAUAUUGUCGGAAUCAUAUCUAAAAGUAUAAAGGAUUCUCCUUUCUUUAGUGUUUCACUUGAUACAACAUUUGAUGUAUCUCGAAAAGAACAAUUGUCGUUUAUUGUUCGUUACAUCGAUAAAAACUCUGGCAGUAUUUAUGAACGUCUAAUAGCUGUCCUGGAAACACCUAUAACAACAGAUUGGAAAAAUCAUCUUGUUGGCCAAUCUUAUGAUGAUGCUGCCAAUAUGAGGGGUAAUUAUAAUGGUCUUCAAAGUUUAAUCAAGGAAAUAAAUCCUCAUGCUAUUUAUGUAUGGUGUUGGGCACACCGAUUAAACUUGGUGAUUACUGAUGUUGUAAGUUCAGGUGUUAAUGCAAUGGAUAUAGUUAAGUAUUAUGAACAAUUUCAAAAAGAAAGAUAUAAGAAGAAACAAAUUCGUCGAACAAAACAUGUGACAACUACACGUUGGAUGUCAUUUUCAUAUGCACUGGACGUGGUUUUGAGUACAUAUUUAGCUGCAAUAGACACAUUAGAAAUAAUCCGAAGUAAAGAUGGACCCGGUGAUAGAAAAACUGGAUUUGAAGCUGGAGCUAUAAAUGAUUAUAAAAGGUCUUAUCGCUUUGUAUGGACAGCUUUGACAUUUAAAAAGUUAUUUGAUAUACUAUCACCAACCAGCUCUAUAUUGCAAAGCAAAGAUCUAGAUCUGAUGUUAGCUGUUUCAAUGAUUGAACAAAAUAAAAUAAAAAUAUCAACACUUCGAUCUGAUGAGAGUUUUGAACAUUUAUCUCAAGAAGUAGAUGUUUUUUUCUUAGAACAAGGAGAUGAAAAUGAAGAAUUAAUUCAAUUGCCCACUCCUCGUUUACGUAAGAAAAAAAAAAUGCCUGGUGAACUUUCGGAUGACGAACUUAUUUUAGAUCCUAUUCAAAACAUAAAAGUGAACACAUAUUUUUCUGCACUAGACAUAGUACAAAGACAGUUGUCCGAACGUUUCAAUGAUGAAUCAAUUGGUGUUCUUAAGGAUCUAUCACUUCUUACAAAGUACUUACAAUUUGCUUCAAUUUUUGAUACUCUUAUAACGUCGAAAGCUUUACCAAACGCCUUACAUAGUAAAUGUGAAGAAAUAUUUGGGAGUGAAUCUGAACCUGAAAGCGAUGAUGGAAGUGACAAAGAAGAUACUACUUCAAAAAAUAUUGUAUCAAACAUUAAAAACAAUUCGGGAAGUUUACAACCUAUUUUUCAAAUAUUUUUAAAUAAAGGUUUAAUAUCUGUAUUCCCAAAUGUGUAUACAAUGUUAAAGAUAGGAUUGACGUUACCGGUUACUAGUGCUAGUCCUGAAAGAGCGUUUUCUAAGCUAAAAAUUGUGAAGAAUCGACUUCAUUCUACUAUGGGACAAGAGAGAUUACAAGGAUUAAUGAGAAUAACCUGUGAAAAAGAUAUAACUAUAAAUUACGAAAAUAUCAUUAACAACUUUGCAUCUAAAAGUCCUCAUCUAAAAAAAGCAUUAAUAUUGUAA